UGUGCGGGAUGUCGAUGUUAUCGCAAAAGAAGUUAUGUUUUCGGUUCAGUUUUUAUUAAGAUUCGUCCGGCGCCAGUUCGGUUAUUCACGUUCCGGGACGCUUGAGCGAAGGUUCCGCCGGUUUUGGGGGUGCAUAUGUUCUAGAAGGUGACAACGCGCCGCGCGGUGGGAUUUUUUCCGGUGCGGGUUGAGAGGAAGUGACGACAUGUGAUCGCUGUUUGCAUAUGUUUAUGAUUCAAAGAAGAAAAAAAAUGCAUUUUUGGUGAAUGGUACAACGCCAGUUGUGUGAACAUUUUCAACAUAGUGAGUUCCAGUCGAAAGGUUGUGAAAGAAGAUUAAAUUCAAAUGGAAAGUGCUUUGUCUGGUCUCUUUAAAUAACACAAACGAACUUGCGUGGCAUCGAAGGUGAGUCGAAAAUCGAAAAGCUCCAGUGAUUGGGUGUGAAACUGUGCAGCAGAAAAACAAAUAUUGGGUGAGUGCGACGAAAAAAUAAAAAUCCGUCUGAUCAGGAAAAAAAGGGGCUAAGUGCCGGCGGAAAGUCUCCUGCCGCGCCCUCCUAGGAGAAAGUGCACCACCGCUUUCUCGCAAUCGAUAGCAAAAGUGUGAUAUGAGAACGCCGCCUCUACGGAACAGCUGAUGAACCCUACGGACCACCAAACGAUCGGGGCCCUCUUCCUCAUGCUUCUGGCACUGACGACGACGAGGGUCUCUUCCAACAACGCCGUCAAAACAGGGAUUGCACCUGCCGCAAAUGUGGUCGUCGAGGAACCCGAAUUCACGGAUGUAAUCGAAAACGUAACAGUGCCUGCAGGACGGAAUGUCAAACUGGCUUGCUCCGUCAAGAACCUAGGAUCAUUUAAAGUAGCGUGGAUGCAUUUUGAGCAGUCCGCGAUUCUCACUGUACAUAACCAUGUGAUAACGCGCAAUCCGAGGAUCAGCGUGACACAUGACAAGCACGAUAAGCACAAAACAUGGUUCCUACACAUAUCAAACGUCCAGGAGGAGGACAAAGGCCGCUACAUGUGCCAAAUCAACACAGUGACGGCCAAGACACAGUUCGGAUAUCUGCACGUAGUCGUGCCACCGAAUAUUGACGAUUCGCUCAGCUCCAGUGACGUCAUUGUCCGGGAGGGGUCCAACGUGACUCUGAAGUGCCGCGCCACAGGAAGUCCGCAGCCGCAAGUCAAAUGGAAGCGGGACGAUAAUUCUAAAAUAGCUAUUAAUAAAUCGUUAAGUGUGCUGGAGUGGGACGGAGAAUCGGUGGAGCUAUCGAAAAUCUCCCGCCUGGACAUGGGUGCAUACCUCUGCAUUGCAUCGAACGGUGUCCCGCCAACGGUGUCGAAACGAAUUAAAGUCAGCGUUGACUUUCCUCCGAUGCUCUGGAUUCCACAUCAGCUGGUAGGAGUUCCUCUCAACUACAACAUCACGCUGGAGUGCUUCACGGAGGCGCAUCCGACAUCUCUGAACUACUGGACCAGGGAAGACGGGCAUAUGAUUCACGAUUCCAGGAAAUACAGGACGGAAUCCACUGUGGGCAUGCCAAUCUAUAAAACGCACAUGAGGCUGCACAUCUUCAACAUCCAGCAGAGCGAUUACGGCACCUACAAGUGUGUAGCCAAGAACCCUCGGGGGGAAACCGAUGGAGCGAUACGAAUAUACACUUCAACUCCUCCAACGACUUCGCCAGGUCCACCAACAACUGACUCGCAGCUUCACGACUUUUGGCCCGGUAACGGUCGAAAUGAUAGCUACGGUUUAUAUCAUCCCGGUAAUGGCCCCGGUGGAACUCACAACGGUGGUCAACACCAUCCCAACUCGUACUCCGUGCACGUGGUGGAUAAAAAUUCUAAAUAUUCAUCCAGCCUGAACGAGGUGGACAAAUCGGAACAGAAGUCAUUCGAUUCCAAUGUUAUCCACUGGUCCACCGGAAGCAGUAGGGAUUCUUCUCGAACCAAACUCAGCAUUCUGUCCAGCUUUGUGUGCUCAACGUUGCUUUCUCUGCUUGUCAGACUAAGCAUACACUAAUCACCACUCGUAUGGAUCAACAGAGAUGGUAACUAUAAAUCCUAAAGCUAUUGAAAAAGCGAAGAAGAUGAUAUAUAGCUAGCCAAAAAAAACAAGAGAAUUUAGUAGGGCAACAGUGUUAGCUCAUAUGGUAUACAAACCUAUUGAAAUAUAAACGAGAUAGAUGAUACUACGAAACUAUAUCCAAACAUGUAUAACAGAAAGCAGGGUUCAUAAACAUAUACAUAUACUAAACUAUUAAGUUGAUACCAGAGUAACUAUAUCGUAUAGCGUGCGUUAGUACCAAGCAGUAAAUAAGGUCCCUAUAUAUAUAGUUUUUUUUUUUU